AUGGCGUCGACAAAAGCAACAACGACGAAUACUACAAGUGCUUUACUCUUCGUCGCUUUACACGUGUCCUUCGGCAUCUCCUAUUUCCUCACCGCGCAGAAAAUCAUGAAUUUCCAACUGCUCGAUAAGAACACGAUGCAAGUCCCCGGCUUGGUGUACUUGGCGGACGUUUUGUCCGCGAUGAUCACGAAGAAAUUGGCGAGUGGUAGUAAUGGUGGUAAAACUGCGACGAUGGAGACGAGGAGGAAACAGACGAGAAGGAAUGAGGAAAAGAGAUAUCCGUGGCAGUUUUACGUGUUACCGGUGAGUGAAUUCGUUGGGUUAACGCUCGCUAUUCGAGCGAUGGAAAUAUGCGGAGGACCGCUGUACCAAACCUUAGCCGGGAUGCAAAUACCGAUGACGGUGUUGUUUUCCAGCGUAUUGUUAAAGAAAAAGUACACGGUUGGGCAAUUGUUGGGUGUUUCCGUGGUCAUCUGCGGGUUAGCGGUGAAAGCGAGCGAGGUGUUAGGGGCGGACGGUAAUCAGUCGAAGACGACGACGACGAGUAUUCCGAUUCUCGGCGUUCUGUGCGCGUUCGUAUCGGGGAUAAGUUAUUCUAUGAGAGGUAUUUUGAUGGAAUACUUGUCGAAAUCGACAAAAAAUCCACCGAGUGGUGACGAGAUGAGCUUCGCCAUGGGCACGUUUGGGUUGGCGGCGUUUGCCGCGUAUACGUUGUUUGUCACCGUGCCGAAUAAAGAGGACUGGGUGUUAAAACCGAUGAAAAAAUCGUUAGCCGCGAAUGCUGUUUCCUCGAUUGUAUUCUUUUACGUGGCCAACGCGUGUGCGCGAGCGAUGAUGGCGAAAUGCAUGAUGAAGAUUGUUCGAUCUUCCGGCGCGACGGCGUUGUCGUUAUCCAACGCCAUGCGAUCCGUCGGGGUCAUCGUUUUCACGCACGCCGCGUUUUGUUCCGUGAACGCUAAAAAACAGUGUUUGAGUCAAACUGGAGCCAUAUCAGCCGCACUCGUCGUCAGCGGUGGAUUAACGUACGCCUAUCAAACCUCUAUUGCGAAUAGUAAUAGUGGUAGAAGCGCUCCCUCGAGCAAAAGGGCCCCGGCGAAAACUAAACUUUCAGCCGCUACGAACUCCGAAAGAACCACCACCGCUCAAAAAACCAUUCGCAAACGGCGGUAA